UAUUUUAACUUCUUCUAUGAAUUCAGUGAAUUACAUAAGUGUCAAUUUAAAAAAAUGAACAUCUCUAAAAAUUAGUUUCACUCUAUAUACAUAUCUAAAAAUCAAAAUUUAAAAAAAGAAAAACAUCCCCAAACUAUAUUAACAUGUUAGUAUUCAAAUCUAAGAUAUCAAGUUCUUAUUAGAGCAUCUCCAAGGGGACUCUAUUUUUCCCUCUAUAAUUUACACUAAAAUAAAGUAACUCUAUUAUAGUGUAACUUUUGCUUCAAUGGUGUUGCUCUAUUAAUAGUUUAAUCUUUUAAAAAUUAUAAAACCAGUUAUGUUAAAAUAUAUUUUAAAUACAAAAAAAUUAAACAAUGAAUAAUAUAUUUAUUUUUUCUUCAAAAUUUAAAUUUCUUAACCCGACCCAAAAUAUCUGAACCCGAACAUAAAAUACAUGAACCCGACUCAAAGUGUAGAAAUACCCGAACGGGUUCUAUACCUUUAUACUGAAAUACCCGAUACGAACCCGAAGGUGUAUCCGAACGCCCACCCCUACGAUAUAUGUUCAUUUGGAUCUUGUUUGAACAAAAAAACUUAAACCAUUGGUUCGACUAUUAAGAAAAUAUCUUAAAUUUUAAUUAUAUAUCUACUUUCAUGAUUAACUAUUUUCCAUAAUAAUAGUCAAUCAAAAUUUGGUAAACAUAAAUAAUUUCAUCGAAGUCCCUUUUUUUGAAACACAGAAGUUCGAUGAAAUUAAUUAUUUUUAUUAAAUUUUGACUGACUAUUACUAUGGAAAAUAGUUAAUCAUAAUUAAUUCAUCGAAGUUCACACUUUAGAAUCAUUACCUAAUAAAAAUGUAUUCAAAGUAAACAUUUUGAAUAAUUUCUUUCUAAAACAUAAAUCAUUUUGAACCGGAUGUAAUAUAUAUUAAACAUUAAACGUUUGUGAGCCAAAACAGAUUUUCAUCUGGUUGUUCAUAAGAUUUUUCAUCUGGUUGUUCAUAAGAACUGGCAUUAGGUGAACUUAUCUCUUUUCAAAGACAUUUUGUAAGCACUAAUAAUUAAAUGGUUUAUUUAGUUUAAUUUCUCUUGUUGGUUUUUAAUUUUUUGAUAUUAUUUAUAGCUUUGUUUUUAUGUGUUAUUGUGAUACUUCUUCUAAUCAUUUUAUUUUUAUUUUUAUUGUAACUGCCCUUUCAAUUUCUUUUAUACCUCGAUUGAGGAAAAAAGAUAUUGAGUUGUCAUUGUGAUUGGUAUGUAAUCUACAGUUUUUGUUUUCCUUAUCUAUAUAAUGAAUACUAAGCCUAUGUGUCUCAUUAUUCCCUGAUAUAUUAUUUUGGGAAUUGGAUAUUGGGCUAGGGUUCCUUGAUCCUUUGGUUCCUAACAUCUUUGUAUUUCUCAGUUCUUAUAAGGGUCAUCUAGUUUUGUGGAGUGAAUUGAUUGAUUUCAAUUCAAUGGUUCUUGCAGCAGAAUCUCGGAUCAAAGAGGAAAAGGAGGACACCAAUGUAGGACCUCCUAAUAUCCCCCGUCAUCCAGAGGUUCUUGCUCGAUGGGAUCCAGCUAAAGCGCGGAGGCCAGACAUUGCUGAAGCUCCAGUAUUCUACCCUUCAUUAGAGGAGUUUGAAGAUACAGUUGCUUACAUAGAAAAAAUACGUCCCUCAGCUGAACCAUAUGGUAUUUGCCGUAUCGUACCACCCUUGCACUGGUCUCCUCCUUUUCGGCUUAGAGAGAAAAGUAUAUGGGAGGGUAUAAAGUUCCACACCCGGGUUCAGAACGUGGAGCUGCUUCAGAACAGAGGGCCCGUGAAGAAGAAGAAGAAGAAGAAACCAAAGGCAAGAAAACGGAAACGAAGUUACCCAAGAGUCGUUUCCUCCUCCAAGAGACGACCUAGCUCAGUUUCAUCUCCCGAGGAAGAAGAGGUAUUUGGUUUCAACUCUGGCCCAGACUUCACUCUUGAGGAGUUUGAGAAGUACGCUCGGCGUUUCAAGGAAUCCUAUUUCAAAAUGAAAGAAGGUAAUGCUACGAAAUGGUCUCCGUCCAUCGAAGAGAUGGAAGGAGAGUAUUGGCGGAUAGUCGAGGACGCAGCAGCCGACGACGAGGUCGAGGUAUAUUAUGGAGCUGACUUAGAGAACAAGGUUCUUGGAAGUGGAUUCGAGAGAGGAGAAACUUCUGGUUGGAACCUUAACAACUUGCCUCGUCUCUCGGGCUCUUUACUGUCAUUCGAGCGUGGAGAUAUCUCGGGCGUUCUCGUGCCAUGGGUCUAUGUUGGGAUGUGUUUUUCAACCUUUUGCUGGCAUGUGGAGGACCAUCACUUAUACUCAAUAAACUAUAAUCACUUUGGUGAGCCAAAAGUGUGGUACGGAGUUCCAGGGACCCAUGCAACGUCACUAGAAAAGGCCAUGAGGAAACAUUUACCAGAUCUUUUCGAGGAAACACCUGAUCUACUCCAUGGACUCGUCACUCAGUUCUCACCAUCCAUUUUGAAAGACGAGGGAGUCCCGGUUUAUCGUGCGGUUCAGCGUGCAGGGGAGUAUGUUCUCACAUUCCCUAGGGCAUAUCACGCCGGUUUCAACUCCGGUUUCAACUGUGCAGAAGCUGUGAAUGUCGCUACGGUUGACUGGUUAUCUCACGGACAGAAUGCUGUGGAGUUAUUGAGUAAUGAGAACAAGAAAACGUCUGUGUCUCAUGACAAGCUUCUCCUUGGAGCAGCUUACGAAGCUGUUAGGUCCUUGUCAAGUGGUGGGGGAGAGGGUGCAGAGAGCUUAGCAUGGAGAUGCUUCUGCGAGAAGAACAUGACUCUUACUAAGGCGGUGGAGACUCGGUUACGUAUGGAAGAAGCAAGGAUCGAUGCUCUUGGAGGCGGUUUUAGAUUGGUGAAGAUGGAGAAGUACUUUGAUUCGAACUGCGAAAGGGAAUGCGUUAAGUGCUCUUAUGACUUGCAUCUCACGGCAUCUGGCUGCAACAAAUGCUCUCCUGGAGAGUAUGCUUGCACUAAGCACGCUAGCGAGCUUUGUUCAUGCGAAGGGAAUGAUCGGUUCGUACUUCUUCGUCACACCGUAGAUGAGUUGAGAUCGUUGGUUAGAGCGUUGGAAGGCGAAGCAGAGCAUCUAAAGACUUGGGCUUCCAUGGUUAGAGAAGAUUUUUCAGAGGCUCAGGAGAGAGAACCUAGGGGUUUUGAUCUGAAUCUUGAGUUUCAAGGGAAUGAUGGGGAGUUUGAUGAUACUUCAGAGACACGCCAUGAUGAAGCAGAGGAUCUAAAAACUUGGGCUAAAGAACCUAGAGGUUUUGAUCUGAACCUUGAGUAUCAAGUGGAUGGCGAGUUUGAUAAUACUUCAGACGCACGCCAUGAUGCAUCCAUGUUGAACUUUGCUGCCUAUGUGGAGACUAUAAACCUAGGGUUCUUGGUUUUCCGAGACCUUUGGUGUAACAAGCAUGCGAUAUAUCCAAAAGGGUUCAAGAGUAGGGUUAAGUUCUACAACGUGAAAGAUCCAAUGAGAAUGAGCUAUUACAUAUCUGAGGUUGUAGAUGUAGGACUUAUGGGUCCAUUCUUCAAGGUUACUCUGGAGGAAGCUCAUCAAGACGAGAGCUUCUCUGCUGGCUCAGCUCAGGCAUGCUGGGAAAUGGUGUUGCAGAAAGUUAACGAAGAGAUCAAGAAGCGCCGAGAACGUAAUAUUCAUACUUUGGAAAGCAUCAACGGGUUACAAAUGUUUGGUUUUCUCUCCCCGUCUAUAAUUCAGGCCAUUGAGGCUCUUGAUCCGAACCAUCGCCUAGUGGAGUACUGGAACCAUAAGAAACAGGGAGGUUCGUUGGAAGUGUGACUUGAAGAAGAGAUAAAGAUCACCUACCGUUUCUUGUUUUAUUGAUAACUGUUUGUUGUUGGCUUAAUGACAUUUUUAGACUUAUAUUAUCUGCUCUGAUCAAGCUUCUGAUGAACAAAGUCUAACUUUGGUUUUAGAACUUUGAAGCGUUUACUCUUUGGAGAUCUGAUCAUUGUGAAACUCUGUUUUUAUGGAUCUUUUUUUUUCUUUGAACUAAAUAUUUGAUGUUUUAGUAGACUUUGAAA